CGCCGUCUGCCUGAAAACCUCCUCCAGUUCUAAGACAGCCCCUCUUUUAUCGUUUUUAAUUUUUACUUUUAUUAAGGAGGAGGCCAAGCUUCGUCCACCUACCUAACACAUUCAGUUAGACAAACAUACAACGGCAAUGGCAAAGCUGGGCUUCAACUUCCUCCUCCUAAUUUUAACUAAUUCGUUUAUGACAGGGGUUUAUUCGGCGGCGACAUUUACAUUUGUGAACAAAUGUGGUUUCACUGUCUGGCCGGGAAUUCUGUCGAACGCCGGCAUAGCGCCGCUGUCGACGACGGGGUUCGCUCUAAAGUCGGGGGAAUCGACUGCGGUCAGUGCGCCGCCGUCGUGGGGAGGGAGGUUCUGGGGGAGGACGUACUGCGCUGAGGAUUCGACGGGGAAGUUUUCCUGUGUCACCGGCGACUGUGGCUCCGGCAAGAUGGAAUGCGCCGGCGGAAACGCCGCGCCGCCGGCAACGCUCGCGGAAUUCACGCUCGACGGCGACGCCGGAAAGGACUUCUACGACGUCAGCCUCGUCGACGGCUACAAUCUGCCAAUGCUGGUGGUGCCGCAGGGCGGCUCCGGCGUUAACUGUACGAACACGGGAUGUUUGGCCGAUCUGAACGGCGCCUGUCCGUCGGAGCUGCGCGUGAUGAGCGCCACCGGCGAAGGCGUCGCGUGCAAGAGCGCGUGCGAGGCUUUCCGGGAAGAUCAGUUCUGCUGCAGCGGCGCGUAUGGCACACCCGACGCCUGCAAACCUUCGCAGUACUCGCAGAUGUUCAAGAGCGCGUGCCCCCACGCGUACAGCUACGCGUACGACGACGGGACGAGCACAUUCACGUGCACCGGCGCCGACUAUACUAUAACGUUCUGUCCGGCGCCUAACACGAGCCAAAAAUCCUCUUCUGGAGCACAGAUCCCUGGAUCCGCCCAAAGGGGCGGGAGCACGCCAGGGGACGGCAACAUGGUGUACGAAGGCGCAUUGGACGAGAGCAGCGCUGCCGCACCGGCCACGUGCGGGCACGUGCUGAUGUUCGCCAUCGCCGCCGUCAUGGCGGCAAUUUGGCUGUUCUGUCAGCUCUAAUUAUGAGGCCGUUUUUUCGUAUUCCCACAUAAGCCACGUGGCACCCCAGCCAAUGUUGUCGGGGUCUAGGCCGGAUGGCAUCACGUGGGUCCACUGCACCGCCCGCUUCUGAUAUUUUUCUCUAACCGGGCGUUGUCGUGACGGUGAAAUGAGUCAUCAACAAUGGCGGCAAAAAUACAUUUAUAGAGAAAAACUAGAUUUGGAAAUUUAUUAAUUAGCAGUAGAUCAAAAUAGAUAGAUAGAAAUUUAUUAAUUAAUUAGUUAGUUUUAUUAGAGGAUUGGGGGUUGAGAAUUUGAAUUUUACAUUAAUAUCGUAGGUAGUUAGGUUAAAAAUAUUCACAUUCACAUAUAUAUAUAUAUAUAUAUAUAGAGAGAGAGAGAGAGAGAGAAGAGUGUUUGUAUUAUGAAUUAUAAAUGUCACAUGUCGGCAGUGGGCCAUUCAAUGAUGACAAAUCAUAUUGAUGCUAAAAUGAUUUUAUUAAUUUA